AUGGCUGAUAAACCAACCAAGCACAAAAUCAAGAGCAAAAAGCAUAAACACCAGCAUCCAGACGACCCGGCGUCGGCAAAAUCCACCGCCGAUCUCUCCUUCAAGCCCUCCUCCGAUGUCAAGCCGCGCAGCGGCUAUGGUGAUUUUCGUGUUCGAAUUGGAGGGGCUGAGGGCGGCCGCGAAACGGCUGUAGCCGGCGGAGAUGCCGCUAGGAGAGGUGAACUGGAGGCUGAUUCGGGGGAUGGCGAGUUGCGAGAUGGCACAGUUCAAGUUACGGAAGAGAUGGUGCGGAUAGUAGUGUACGCGGUGAGGAGGUGCGGCGGAUCAGAUCUGAGGGAGAUUCUGCAGGCAAAUCGUCCAGCAGCAAUAUUUCCAUGA